AUUCAUUGUGCAAAUUAGACGCUGUCAAAACAGUUUUAUACAAACGUCGAUAGAGUCGGAUCUAUUGUUUGUAAUCGAAACAAAAAUGUUUGUGUUUGAUAUUUAAAAUUCAUGUGAAAUUAAUUUACCGUUAAUGUAUCGUUGAUAAUAAAUCAUAUCCGUAUCGAAUGUCAUUGUUGCAUGAAAAAUGCAUAUAAAACAGAUUAUAAUCCAAGGAUUCAAGAGCUAUCGCGAGCAAACGGUCGUUGAACCAUUCGACAAGAGGCAUAAUGUGGUCGUUGGUCGAAAUGGUUCGGGCAAAAGUAAUUUCUUCUUUGCCAUUCAAUUUGUGCUCAGCGAUGAGUUUACCCACUUGAGACCUGAACAACGUCAAGCUCUCUUGCACGAAGGUACUGGUACUCGCGUUCUGUCCGCGUACGUCGAAAUCAUUUUUGAUAAUUCGGACAAUCGAAUUCCGAUUGACAAAGAUGAAAUCUUUUUGCGUCGUGUGAUUGGUGCCAAAAAAGAUCAGUAUUUCUUGAAUAAAAAAGUCGUUCCACGCACAGAAGUAGUGAAUUUAUUGGAAUCGGCUGGUUUUUCCAAUUCAAAUCCAUACUACAUUGUGAAACAAGGUAAAAUCAAUCAAAUGGCCACCGCUCCAGAUGCCCAUCGAUUGAAGUUGCUGCGUGAAGUGGCUGGUACUCGUGUUUAUGACGAACGGAAAGAAGAAUCCAUGAACAUUCUGAAGGAAACCGAAGGAAAAGUGGAAAAGAUUAAAGAAUUUCUUCACACCAUUGAAGAACGAUUGGCCACACUUGAAGAGGAAAAAGAAGAGCUGAAGGAAUAUCAAAAAUGGGACAAAGCCCGUCGAAGUUUGGAGUAUAUUAUUCAUGAAACCGAAUUGAAAGACACAAAGAAGGCGCUCGAUGAUCUGGAAAAUCUGCGCAGAACAUCGGGAGAUAAGCAAAAGGAAUUUAACAAAGAAAUUCAAGAGGCUCAAGAUAAAUUGAAAUCCAUCCACAAGAGUUUGAAAGAAGCACGCAAAGAUGUGACCAUUCUGAAAGACGAGAAGUCAGUUCUGAUGACCGAACAACAGCAGUUGCUGCGCGAAAAAACGAAACUCGAUUUGACGAUCGGCGAUUUGACGGAUGAAGUUCAAGGCGAUAAUAAAUCAAAAGAGCGCGCCGAACACGAAUUGGAAAAGCUCAAAGAGUCAAUUGCCGAAAAAGAAAAGGAACUUGAUGCGGUUCGACCGCGUUAUGAGGCGAUGAAGCAGCGCGAAGAAGAUCUCUCGCGUGAACUUGGAUUGAAAGAACAAAAACGAAAGGAACUCUAUGCCAAACAAGGGCGUGGUUCACAGUUCAAAUCGAAAGAAGAUCGAGACAAAUGGAUUCAAACCGAACUCAAGUCACUUGCGAAACAAAUCAAAGACAAAAUCACUCAUCAGAACAAAUUGCAAGAUGAUUUAAAACGCGAUGCAGCUAAACAGGCCGAGUUGGAGAAGAAGAUCGAAGAGCAUAUGGCCGAAGUGGAAUCGAUGCGCGCCCAAAUCGAUCAAUUCUACAAGGAGUCAUACGAGCUGAAGAAGAAAAAGGAUGCAUUGCAAGCAACGAGAAACGAAUUGUGGCGAAAAGAAACUCAAAUGACACAAACAUUGUCAGCGAACAAAGAAGAAUUAGGCAAAGCAGACACCGCACUUCGUUCGAUGGCUGGUCGACCGAUUUUAAAUGGUCGUGACUCAGUUCGUAAAGUUUUAGAUCUAUUUUUGGAUGCGGGUGGUCCUGAAGCCGACAUUGCCAAAGCCUAUUACGGUCCAGUGAUCGAGAACUUUAGUUGCGAGAAGGCCAUUUAUACUGCUGUCGAAGUGACAGCUGGAAAUAGGCUUUUCCAUCACAUUGUCGAAUCCGACCGUGUUGGCACACAAAUUCUCAAGGAAAUGAACAAGCUCAAGUUGCCCGGUGAAGUAACAUUCAUGCCGCUUAACCGUUUGCAAGUGAAAGUACACGAUUACCCAGAUAAUCCUGACUCGAUUCCAAUGAUAUCAAAGCUACGCUAUGAAGAACAGUACGAUAAAGCACUUCGGUAUAUUUUUGGCAAAACAUUGAUUUGUCGUAACUUGGAGCGAGCCACCGAAUUGGCCAAAAGCACCGGUUUGGAUUGUGUAACAUUGGAAGGUGAUCAAGUGUCAUCGAAAGGUUGCUUAACUGGUGGUUACUUCAAUACAUCACGUUCGCGUCUCGAGAUUCAGAAGAAACGCACCGAAUUCAUGGAUUUAAUAAAAGGUUUUGAAGAAGAGCUCACCUCAAUUCGAAAUGAAUUGCGAACAACCGAAGCUAGUAUCAACAACUUGGUGUCGGAGAUGCAGAAGAUCGAAACAAAGCAAGGAAAAUCUCAAGAUAUAUUCGAUAAAGUGCAAGCUGAUAUCCGUUUAAUGAAGGAGGAAUUGAGUCGAAUUGAGCGAUUCCGUGGACCAAAAGAGCGUCUAAUCACCCAAUGCAAGGCUGCUUUGGAAGCAUUGAACAGCACAAAGGAGGGCCUCGAAAAUGAACUGCACCAAGAGCUCAUGUCACAACUAUCGACACAGGAUCAACGUGAAGUUGACACACUCAACGAUGAAAUUCGCCGUUUGAACCAGGAAAACAAAGAAGCGUUCAGUGAACGUAUGCAAUUGGAAGUGAAAAAAAAUAAGCUUGACAAUUUGCUAACAAACAAUUUGUUCCGGCGUCGCGACGAAUUGGUGCAAGCUUUGCAAGAAAUUUCGGUUGAAGAUCGCAAACGAAAAUUGAUAAAUUGCAAUGCGGAUCGAGUCGAAACUGAAAAACGCAUUGAUAAGGUCAACAAAGAUCUACAGUCGGUGGAUAAAAAGGUUCAAGAUGCUGUAAAAUCACAGAAAAAUCUACAAAAAGAUCUGGAGAAAUGGACACAAAAAGAGAAAGAAGCGAAGGAUAAAGUCGAUGAAGAUUCCAAAAAGUUCGAAAAAUGGGCAGCAAAAGAGAACCUGCUGCGUUCGAAAAUCGACGAAUGCACCGAAAAAAUUGCAAGUCUUGGUGCAUUGCCGCAGGUUGAUCCGGCAUAUACACGUAUGUCACUGAAGAAUUUGUUCAAAGAGCUGGAAAGGGCGAAUCAACAUUUGAAAAAGUACAAUCACGUUAACAAAAAGGCCCUGGAUCAAUUCUUGAGUUUUUCCGAACAAAAAGAGAAACUGUACAAACGUAAAGAGGAAUUGGAUGUGGCCGAUUCAAAAAUUCGUGAACUCAUGCAAACACUGGAAAUGCGCAAGGUCGAAGCGAUUCAGUUCACAUUCAAGCAAGUGGCCAAAUAUUUCAGUGCCGUUUUCAAGAAGCUUGUGCCACAGGGAAACGGACAUUUGGUGUUGAAGACACGUGACAGUCAGGAUGACCAAGAUCCAGAGGUAGCCAGCUCAGAUGAUUUCACUGGCAUUGGAAUUCGUGUUUCAUUCUUAUCCAGCUCAGAAGCUGAGAUGAGAGAAAUGAAUCAAUUGUCCGGUGGUCAAAAGUCUCUGGUAGCGCUUGCGCUCAUCUUCUCCAUCCAAAAAUGCGAUCCAGCACCAUUCUAUCUGUUUGACGAAAUCGAUCAGGCUUUGGAUGCUCAACAUCGUAAAGCUGUGGCCGACAUGAUUCAUGAGCUAAGCGAAAACGCACAAUUCAUCACCACCACGUUCCGACCUGAAUUACUUGAGCACGCCAACAAAUUCUAUGGUGUUCGAUUUAGAAACAAAGUGUCACACGUCGAUUGUGUAACGAGAGAAAUCGCCCGAGAUUUCGUUGAAGAUGACACAACUCACGGUUAAAUUGAUGCGCAACAUCAACUUAACUUUUUAGCAAAUUAAGAGCAUAAGAUAGCACUAUUCGAUAGUUUUUAAUGACUUUGUAAUCCAAAUAAAUGAAUGUUCCGGCAAACAAUCGAAAUCACACCA